AUGGUGCGUCGUCGCGGGCAAGUCCUCCCUCCGAAUGUUGCGCGUUUUGGAUACGCCGACGUCUCUCACGCCCGUGCCAUGCAAGUCGAGUCUCCGUCGCCUGAGACUUCUCCGCUAAACGAGCUCGGCAUACCUACCUCCCAACCUGAUCUGUGUAGCCCGGACUUUACAGCGCGUCUACUACCCCCCGCACCGCUACCCAUGGGAGCCAACCCGAAUAUUGCAAGCCAACGCCUGCACCGCCUCCCGACCGCCUCGGGCACCACCAGACCCAACCUCUUUAUUCACCAACGACACCCUUUCAACUGA